AUGGAUUCCUAAUUUAAUUCUGCUGACUUACUUUUCGAAGUAUAAAAUUGCACAUUAUAUGAUGUCACUAAUGAAAAGGCUAUAUUCAUUCAUAACUCUCCAAUUGCUGUCUAUGAAAUUAAAGAAUAAAAGAUCGUCUUUAUAAAAAUGAAUAAUUGGGAGUAUUGCUUUUAAAAGGAAAUUCCUGUUCUAAAGCAGAUUGUUUAUGAGUAAAUUAUGUAUAUAUUCCCUAGCAUGGCAGGGAAUUAUGGUCUUUUAUUUUAAAGAGGAGUUAAUCAAGACUUGGUAGAUCUAUUUGAAAAUUUCCUUGAAAAUAACUCUGAUUUUGUAGUAGGAACAACUGAAAAAUAGAUGGUAGAAGAUAGCAGUGAUUCUUCUUCUGAUGAUGAUGAUUAGGUUCAAUGCAAUUAAUAAAAUCAGAAUCAGAAUCAAUAACCAAAAUCGAAUGAAAAAAAAUAAUUAAGAGGUGAAAAAAUCAGAAAUGGAUUGAUAAACUUGGGUGAAAGGGUUGCUAAAAGAAUAGAAAAGAGAAAAGAGAGAAUUAUAAAUAGAAUAUCAAGACCAAGAUAUAUAUAAAUUAGACCUGAGACUUUAGAAAGAAUUAGAAAGCUAAGAAUAUUCUCAGACAGAAUUUUCAAGGUGAGCAAAGAUGUUUUGAAUGGAAUGAUUAACGUGAGUAAAAAAAUUAUGUCAAAGUUAGCAAAUAAGAUUGGAGACACUAAAAUAGGCAAAAGAAUUAAAAAAAACAGAGUGUAUUGUGACUUCAAAGAGGCACUCAAAAACGGUAUUAAAUCUAUAGCCGCAGUUUAUGAUGGUAUGAUUGAAGCUAAACACUUAGUUUAACUUGCCCUAUAAGAUGCUGUUACUGGCAUCGUAGCAGCUAAAUAUGGAGAGCAAGCAGGUUAACUUACAAAUGAUUUACUAGGUAUUCGCAUGAAUUAUUAACAAAUGCAUCAUAUUGAAUAAUAUGUCAAACAAGAUCAAGCAAAGUAAAUCAUAGGAGUAGAGGCUCAUCAUCAUCACUAAAACGGUAACCAUAGCCAACCCUCUCACUAAAAUCAUAACUCCAAUUAACAAAACUACAACUAAUUAAAUCAAAUGAACAACCAACAUGGUAUUAACAUUCAUAAUUAACAUCCAGCAAAUAAUCAAAAUUUAAAUAAUCCAAAUAAUGUUUACUAAAGGUAAAAUAUGAAUGCUGGUUAAUAUUAGAAUAACAAUUAAAAUAUUAACUAAAAUCAAGGUUUUUACCCAUAACCAGUAAACAAUAUUAAUCCUCAAUACAAUCAAUAGCCACAAAAUAAUUUUAAUACACCUCAAAUUAAUUAGAAUUAUAAAUAAAAUAAUUAAAAUCCUUACUAAAACAAUAUGCAAGGAUAGUAAUUUAAUUAGUAAUGUUAUCCAAUGCAAAAAUGA